AGGGAGGAGUAAGAAAGAGUCGUUGGACUCUCCUCCAUUAGCCAAAGAACGGAUACGUCGUUGCAAGCAGAAUCUAGGAGCGUCUCCGAAACGGCGUACACGAGGUCCUCUUCGCCAUAUUACAUUAUAUAUAGAAAGAAAGAAAACGUGGCGGAUUCGGCAAUCACUUGGCUGUGACAACGUGCACAGAUUAAUAGUUAGAGCAAAGAAAUGCGUGAAUAUAAAAUAGUAGUAUUGGGCAGUGGAGGUGUAGGCAAAUCUGCCCUCACUGUCCAAUUUGUCCAAGGAAUUUUUGUUGAGAAGUACGAUCCUACGAUCGAGGAUAGCUACCGUAAGCAAGUCGAAGUAGACGGUCAACAAUGUAUGUUAGAAAUUCUAGACACAGCUGGAACGGAACAAUUUACAGCCAUGAGGGAUUUGUACAUGAAAAACGGACAAGGUUUCGUUUUAGUAUACUCGAUAACGGCACAGUCGACGUUUAACGAUCUGCAAGACCUGAGGGAACAGAUCCUACGAGUAAAAGACACAGAUGAUGUGCCAAUGGUACUUGUGGGUAAUAAAUGUGAUUUGGAGGACGAAAGAGUAGUUGGCAAAGACCAGGGCGUCAACCUUGCCCGGCAAUUUAAUUGUGCGUUCAUGGAGACCUCUGCCAAAGCCAAGAUUAAUGUGAACGAUAUCUUCUACGAUUUAGUUCGACAAAUCAAUAAAAAGUCACCGGAGAAGAAGAUGAAGCAAAAGAAGAAAUCGCUGUGCCUACUUCUGUAAGAUUUUUCUAUGGCAGUGUCCAUAUUUUCUUCUGCAUUGAAAUAAUACACCAGUGGAAGAUGAAAGAGGAACUGGCGGUUAUAAAAAUACUACUAGUGACAAGAAGAAGACGAAGAAAAAGAAGAA